AUGCCCCAAAUCUUCACUUUGUCCCAGACUCCAGUCACCUGCCAUUCUUUCAGCGCGGACCGUUCUCAAAUUGCGGUCAGCUUGAACAAUAACGAUGCUCAAAUUCUCUCCCGUCAAGGAAAUGAAUGGGUUUCUACCGUUACCCUCUCCGAGCACGAUAAACUGAUCACCUCGAUUGAUUGGGCUCCCAAUUCCAAUCGCAUUGUGACCUGCUCUCAAGAUAGGAACGCUUACGUCUGGCAAGAGCAGCCUGACCCGGAAACCGGAAGGCUCGUCUGGAAACCGACACUGGUUUUGUUGAGGAUCAACAGGGCGGCUACUAAUGUGCGUUGGAGCCCCAAGGAAGACAAGUUCGCAGUUGCCAGUGGUGCUCGUGCUAUCGCCAUUUGCUCCUUUGACCCGGAGAACAAUUGGUGGGUGUCCAAGCUGCUGAAGAAACCUAUCCGAUCGACCGUUCUCUCUGUGGACUGGCACCCGAACAAUGUCUUGCUUGCGGCAGGCAGUGCUGACAUGAAAGCUCGGGUCUUUUCUGCAUACAUUAAGGAAGUGGAUGAGAGGCCGGCUCCAACUGUUUGGGGUUCCAAACUCCCUUUCAAUACUAUUUGUGGAGAAUACACGAGCCCCGCUGGUGGAUGGGUACAUACCGUUGGGUUUUCUCCGUCUGGAGAUGUCCUAGCUUUCGCAAGUCACGAUAGCUCCAUCAACAUCGUAUAUCCUGGUGGUCCAGUGGUUUACAACAUUCGCAUGUCUUCCCUUCCUCUUGUCAGCCUGACCUGGACCUCUGAAGAUACAAUCGUUGCUGCUGGGCACGAUUGCCGUCCUCUCGUAUUCUCAGGGUCAGAGGCUGGCUGGCAAGAAGCUGGAACCCUUGACGAUGCAUCAGGCAAAUCACCCGAUUCUCGUUCAGGCUUUGGAGGUUCUAGCGUUGGUCGCCUGAAGGCCGGUGCUUUCGCGACCUUCCGCGAUGCAGACUCCCGUGGCCAAUCUAGUUCAGGCUCUGCAGCAACCGACACCAAGCUUAGCACCAUCCAUCAGAACACGAUUACCACUGUGCGCCCAUACGAGUAUCGUGGAAGUAACAUCACGAGGGUUAGUACUUCAGGUGUGGAUGGGAUGUUGGUGAUCUGGGAUGUCAAUGCCGUAUCCGCGUUGAGCAGCCGUCUUGGAGCCGCCCAUUUGAGGUAG